AAACUUGUUUCAUUUAACUAUGCAGUUACUACCUAACCUCAAAUGCGGAGUAGUCUUGCAUGUUGUCUUGGGAUGGUCUUGGGUCUUGGUGUUUUCUAAAAGGUGUUUUCUAAGGUGUAUUCAUUGAAAAAAAAAACAAAUUUUGGAAAAGUAUAAUUAUCUUAUACUGUAAUUUUACGUUGCAUAAAAGAUAAUAAUUGAUUCCAGCCAUCAAGAUGACUAACAUGGUGCAUUGUCAGUUAUGGAUGGGCAGUUUGGAGCCCUACAUGACCGAAACCUUUAUAUUAAACGCUUUUCGAAAAAUGGGUGAAACUCCAUUAAACGUUAAAGUUAUGAGAAACAAAUUCACAGGCGAACCGGCAGGAUAUUGUUUUGUUCAUUUUGCUAAUGACGAUGAGGCAAUUGAUGCUAUGCACAAGCUUAACUCGAAGCCUAUUCCAGGUACAACUCCACCUGUUCGAUUUAGAUUAAACAAUGCCAGUAAUAACCCAGGCAGACAAAUUGUCGAUAGAGAGUUUUCUGUUUGGGUUGGAGAUCUAAGUCCUGAUGUUGAUGAUUACAAUUUAUACAGGGUAUUUUCUUCAAAAUAUAAUACAAUUAAGACAGCAAAAGUUAUUUUGGACAACAGUGGUUUCAGUAAGGGAUAUGGAUUUGUUAGAUUUGGAAGUGAGGAUGAGAUGAAAGACAGUUUGGUUACAAUGAAUGGUUACAUUGGCCUGGGAACCAAAGCCUUAAAGAUCUGUAAUGCGGUUCCUAAACCUAAAGGUGUUGGAGAUACUCCAACAUCUAAUGGAAGUGCAUCAGUUUCUACAACAGAUACUAGUAGUACUUAUAAUCAAUAUUAUGAUCCUUCAUCCUACUGGCAAAAUUAUGCAGCAAACUGGCAACAGAAUUAUUAUGACCAAAAUUCGACUGCAGUACAACAUGGGGCCUAUGCAGCUCCCCAAGAAGAUGUUAAGAAGGAGGAUGAUUUAGAACUAAUAGAGCACACUGUAUCUUUGGAUGUGGAAAAGUUAAACAGAGAAAAAACAGAUCAAGACUGCAAUUUGUGGGAUGCCAUUGAGAGUUCAAAAUGGUUACCAUGUGAAGUUUUGGAGGUAGCCUAAUUUAAAUAAUAAUUGUAUAUCUAAACUUGUACUUGAGCUGUCUAGAAAAGAUAUUUGAAUUAAAUAUCCUGUAUGGUUAAGAAUAUGAUUUGUAAAAUUGUUUUUUUAAUUUUUUUAAAGAUAAAAAGAAUAAAAAAACUUUCUUUUGUUGCGCAAACAAA